UCUGUAUACAAAUGGAAAUGUAUCAGAGCACUUGAUUGUUUCUUUAGCUUUGACAGUCCGACUAGUUCGAACGCAGCUGUUGGAUUUGUGAUGUGUUGUUUGCGUAUAAGGUAGAAUUUAGAACAAGAUAAAUUAUUACGUUGUGUAAUUCGCGUAGAGUUAUAUUAGAAAAUGGAGGACGUUUUAGAAGAGGUUGUUUCUUCAGACGACUUGAAGACGUUUGAACGUAUAUACCAUGAACAAUUGCAUUCAUCAAAUGUGUCACAAAAGGCACAGUUUGAGUAUGCAUGGUGUCUUGUCAGGAGUAAAUAUCCUGCGGAUAUUAGAAAAGGAAUAAUUUUGAUGGAAGAUCUUUACAACAAGCAUACGGAGUCAGAGAGACGAGAUUGCCUUUAUUAUUUAGCCAUUGGAAAUGCUAGAAUAAAAGAAUACACAAAGGCUUUAUCAUAUGUAAGAGCAUUUUUAAAAGUUGAACCUGGAAACAAACAAGUACAACAUCUGGAGACAUUGAUCAACAAAAAAAUGGAAAAAGAGGGUCUCUACGGCAUGGCCAUUGCAGGAGGGGUUAUUGUCGGUGUUGCAAGUAUUCUUGGCCUCGGUAUUGCAUUGAGCAAAAAAUAGAACCGUUGACUUAAUUUUUUACGCAAACCAAAAAUAACGAACGCAGCUUCUCUCAAUAUGUAUACUAUUGUUUCAGAUUUUCGUACGAACUAUAUGAUUCUGUAUGAUAAAAUUGUGUGUGUGUAUUCGUUUUUUAAAUAAGAAAGGCAUUUUUUCCUAGUAACAUAUUGCGUUAAUCUAUGGGACGUACAUUCCAGUUAUUGCAUAUAUGUUUUGUGUCGUUUAUGUCGUUUAUGUUGUUUAGUAUAUAGAGGUGAAGAAAUCAAUUUAUUUGAAACCUAACAGACAAAGGAUUAUAUGAAUAUAGUAUAAAGAAUAUAUCAAUAUAAAUAUAUAUAUAUAAAUUUAUUUAUUAUAUAAAAUGUUUAUUUAUACUGCAACCUCAGUAUACAUGACUAUGUCAUUUGUAUGUAAAGACGAAACUAUUGUACGACCCUAUCUACAUGUAUUGAUACCAAAAUUUUAUUGAAAUAAAUGUGUUAAAUCAGA